AUGGUACGAACAGCUCAAAUUGCACGAGAUCCAAACGCCGAGCCUAGACGGUGGAUUAAACGAGAAUACGUCGACCAUGAAGGCAACACCGUCAUCCUGGGAAAGGUAGUCAGCUACGCAAGACAGUUCUAUAGUCCAGAGGAGGGCGAGGCUUACCGGCUUCAAGUAUACAGCACGACUCCGAUCCAGCCCGAGGAGCUCAACCAGCUGUAUAAAUAUUUCUGCUUUGACCUCGCUUGGCUUCCGUUUCUGGAGAUUUAUUCAUACAACCCACCAGAUGGACUGGCUUGCGUGGAGCAUCAGCGUCGUGAAGUUGCCCAUCGGAAGCGUCUUCAUGCCGAACAGCGCGCUGGUGAAUAUGACGAGUCUCUCCCCCCUUUGAUUCCAACCAUGCGGGCUGGCUUUCAAGACGGAUUCAUGUCCGGAUUCUGUUUCCUCCUCACGUCCAAGAGCUAUCUCUGGGGUCUAUUCCCAAACAAUGACCACGGCACGGGGCCCUGGCAGAUUAGCUUCGACCGGAAUCUUCCAUCCGCAGUAAAGGAGUUGGACCUGGUUAGACGCCUUGACAAACCAGCGAGCGAGCUUGAAACUUUUGCCGAGUGGGGGAUUGCAGUCAAUCCUGAAAUUCGCGAUAUCAAUGUGGAUAUUACAACAGACCAGAGUGUAAUACACUCCGAUAUGAAAGAGCGCUUGAGAGGAAUCUAUUCAACAUACGCUUAUGGGGAAAUUGAUUAUGGACUCCAUGAACCGCCUCCGCCUGCACCGUCCGAUGAGACCCCAACUGCACAGUAUAUCCAGGAGGUUUUGGAGCAGCAAACGGGAGACGACGUCCAGUCGGACUCACUUCGUCUUAUAACUAGAACUGAAGACAAUACUGUCACAGUCACGAACAACCCUGAUGGGGAAAGCGACCUUCAAUACGUGAUCUACGUCAAGUUCCUCGCCCACAUCGAGGGGGGAAAGACCGCCCUUCUAGAGACCACUGCGCGCACAUUCACCGCCGGCAUCAUCUCCUGCCUCGCUGCCUCCAAAACAGUUUAUUUUGAGUUCCGAAUCCCUGGACCUUCUUUAUCUUCCCUCAUAUCCGCUGCACCCGACGGAUUCGACGUCGGUGCUUUGCAUGAAUAUGAUGGCUCGAUAACACGGGUACAACCUCUAAUUGGCCGGGAGCUUUAUACCCGACCGCUACGUCCUCACUUCUUUACAGUGGUUCUUGAUAAGCCUGCCAUCAUUCAAGAACCUAGCUUGCUGUUCUACACUCUCUGGUCUGACCCUUUGCAAUACCUUGAGCCUGAAUCUACCGAUAGCGUUAUUGAAAUUGGGCGGAGUGCUGGCAUUCGAGAAGCUGCAAGACGGCUUGCAAUGCUUGCAGUGGAGGAGAAACUCACGGAUAGUCCAAGGAAGCUCACGAAGGAAGAGCAUAGGGGAAUAUUAUCUCUGUCGGCGGAGGAGUACGAGCACAAGAUGAAGCCCUACUAUGACUACCUGGAGAAGAAAGCGAUGUCCGCAGUAAAUAAUUAAAUAUUUAAGGGAUCCAUGAUCAAAGAAGACUUUAA